AUGAUAGUUGCUAAGGAUUCUUACCGAGGAGAAGAUGCUGCCAUCAAUGAAGAUCAUCCAUAUCCGCAUGAUGAAGAAGCCGAAGAAACGCUCUCUUUAUGCGACCUUCCAAUUUUCAGCGAUGAAUCAAAUUGUGACAAGCAGGAUCGGAGCGCUUCGUUUGACAACGAAGAUACAUUCUUCGAGUUUUUCAGCGAUAAUUUCUCUGUUUCUGAUUCGACUUAUUCAGGAUCCGGUGACAUAAUUUUCUGCGGGAAAUUUAUACCUGAAAAACAGCCGAGCGACUCACAAAACACAGAGAGAAUUGCAUCGGAGAAAUUUUCCGAAAACAAUUGCCAAUUUCGAACGAAAUCACACUCGUUCGACGCUAAAAAAUCGUCUGCAAUUGACGCAAAAGGUUGUGAAAUUGCUUAUGCUAGAACGACGAGACGAGUUAAAAGCUUCGAUCCGAUUUCCAUUUCACUGCCGAAGAAUCCUGAGUGCAUCAAGCGGAAGAGAACCAGGAAAAUGGAGAAAUACGACUUACCGGCGGAGCGAGCGAUGAUAAUGGAAUCGUGGCCGACGAAAUCGCGCUGGUUCUUGUUUCUGUUUGGUAGCAUGAGGUUUCCAAAGGAGAUGGAACUGAGUGAGAUAAGGACAAGGCAGCAGCGGAGCAGAUGCCCGGCGAUGUUCUUGCCGUCGGAGGAGAGGACAAUGGCCAGAGGAAGAAGUGGAAAGAAGACGACGGCUCAUGUACUAUGGGAAGGUUCUUAG